AUGUUUCUUAAAUUUAUGAAGAGGCUUCUUCCAGGGAAGGACUGCGGGGACAGCAGCGGCGGGAGCAGGGGGCAGGAGACGGACCCCCUGCCGAUCUCCGUCUCCGGGGCCCUGGCCAGCUGCGAGGAGGCAGGACCGGAUAAUUAUACAUCAGGAACAGAAAGUCAAAUCCAACCGCAAUCAGCACUAAAAAUUCUUCAACAACAGCUGAAAUCAUUUCAGGCACUUCGGCAACAGACUCUGCUGAAUGUUAAUAUGGUACAAUCUGAAAUCAGUGAGAUACUGAAUAAAAAUAUAAUUGACGUCAAAACUCCACAGUGUAGCCCAGACAAGCUUCUGAUGACCAGCACACCUCCUGAGAUGGUUAUGCCUACAGGGAGUCCAGAAACACCAUUGUCUAAGAAGAAAUUUCAUCUUGAUAAGAAACUCUGUACCACUCAAUCUGUGGAAGCGAAUUCUAAUACUAUCUUUGGAAAUGUGGUCAGUGAUGUAAAUAUUUCACAUCAGAUUUCAUUAAAAGCUGUAACAACUGGAAAGAUUGAAAACUCAGUAGAACCAAUUAAAAACAAAACUAUGAUUGGUCUAAAAAAUGAUUAUAAAUUGAAGGAUUAUGCCAAAUAUGAAUGUUUUCUACCUUGUACUAAUUUGGAGGCUGAAAGUAUGGUGCCUCCUAAUGAGAAAGUAAUUUUGGAUGAAUCUAAAGCUCUUGUGCCUCUUCUCAAAUAUAGUGAUGGACUUCAUUUAAUAGACAACUUUAGCUAUUCUAUCAAGCCAUUAAAAGAAGAACUUCAAAAGUCUCAUGAACAGGAACUAGCACAUGCAUCUGGACAUCAGAAUAUUUCCUGUAGUCAAAGUAAUGUUUUUGAUGAUAUGUCAGAACAAGACCAAGAAAAAUCUGCUCUUUUUUUAUCUAGAGAGAAAUUACAUGUGGACUUAAAAUCAAGGAAAAUUUCAAAAUCUGAGGAAUCGGUAGACAGUUUGCAUGUUGCUCUGGUUUCCCUUAAAGGAAAUAAUCUGAGUCUUGGUCAAGAAUUUAAUAAAGACUCUGAAUGUGACAGCUCACAGAAUUCUUCACAUAUAACUACAUGCAGUACACAAACAGAAAGUGAAACCAAGAAUAAAAACAAAGAAUUGCAUAGCACUGACAGUGGUGUUGGCACGUUCCAGUUAAAUGUCAUUUCUAAAACAGUAAAAGAUAAAUUACUAAUGUUCGAUCACAUAGAGAAACUACAGAAAGAAAAAGAAAAGCAGCUGCAAAUCAUAAAUCAAAGCUUACUAAAGCUUGGAAAUCAGAACUUCUAUGAAAUCAGAGCUGAUGAGUACACUGCAAAAAUGGAAGAGUUACAAAAUUCCCUGAAAGAUUCUAAACACUUGCAAAAGAAAGUGAUGGAACUUGAGAAUGAAAAUGUAACUCUCAAGUCAAAAAUGAAACCUCUUACUGUUAUCAUAAGGUCUCUAAGAGAGAGAAAUUCACAGUAUGAGAAGCAAAUUAAAGAUUUAGUUGAAGAAAAGAAAAGCAUGCAUGUCAGGUUAGUUAAAUCAGAAGGAGACAGCAAAGAAUGUAUUAAAGAAGUGAAAAAGUUGUUAAAGAAAUGCAAAGAACUUCAAGACCAAAAGAAAACUCUUGAGGGAGAGAGGAGUCAACUCUGUACUGAAAACCAAUGUAUGAUGCAAGCAUUAGAUGACUUCAAAAUUAAUAACCAGAAAGCACAAGAAAAUAUGAUUGCUGUUAUCAGUGAAAAAGAUAGGCUUUUUGUGGAACUAGAAUCUUUGCAAAAGGAAUCUUCAGUGUUGCAAGAAGCAAAUCAGAAACUAGAGAUAAAAACAUCCCAGCUUGCAAAAGAAAAUAACUCACUUGAAAAAGAACUUGAAAAAAAUCAGAUUGAAAUACGACAACUGAAAGAAAAAGAAAAUGUAAUGAACUCUGAACAGGAGACUCUUCUUCACAUAAUGCAAUCACUUAAAGACAAAAAGCUUGAUCUUGAAAUGACAUUGCAAGAAUGUGCUAAUGCUAGACAAACAAUGCAGAAGGCUCUUGAGAAGGUCCAGUCAGAUAAAGCUUACACAGAGGAGAAACUCUUGACCGAACUUCAAAAUACAAAAGCAGAAAGGGAUAUUUUGAAGACUAACUUGUUGCAUGUGAACAGAGAAUGGGAGAAUUUAUCAACAGUGGUGGCAAAUAUCACAGAGGACAAUCAGGUUCUUAAAAAAAACCUGCAGGAAUGUAAACAAGAUACUUACAAAUAUGAAAAUAACAUCAGAACAUUGAAUGAAGACCGUUUACUAAUGGAAAACCAUCUGCGGACGAUAGAAAAUGAAAGGGAUGUACUGCAGUUUGAAUUUCGCCAUCUCCAUAAGGAUUAUGUUAAUCUAAGGGACCAAAUUACUGUUCUGGUUAAUGAGCAGCAUAAACACAGUUACAUUUCAGGCAAGGAAAAAUAUCACUCCACGUAUUCCACUGAAAUUUGUGAAGAAAUUUCUGAUUACAGGUAUACAGCUUUAGAAUGCAAUCCACAAGGUAUGUGCUGUACUUCGCAACAUCUUACUACACAAGUGUUGUUUUAA